UGCCUCCUCGCGCCGCUCUGGGUCGGGAAGGAACCCCUGCGCUCGCGCCAAGAAGCCCUUCCAAGAACCUCCCUCCACUCCUGCUGUUCUACUGGAAGUCUGUAUGUGUUUGUAUAUGUGGUGAGAGAGAGGGGAGAAAAAAAGGAAGGGGGGGUGUCACCGUUUCGUGACGGCGGUGACGACACACACACAUAUUCUCCGUUCUUUUCCCCUCAGUCGGCGCGCGGACGGCGCGAGCUCCUCCAGCCCCUUUGGCUCGGGCUGCUUCCUUCCUCCUCUUUUGUUUUCCUCUCCGCCCGGCUCUUGCCCCGCCUUGGCUUGCCCCAUGUUCAGCCCGGAUAAACUGUUGGGGCAGCUCUCCAAGCUGGACCGGUACGGGAACAUGGCCUCCAUGGGGGAUUUUAGCUCCGUCAGCGCCAACAUCCCGGCCACCCGGGUGGAAGUGUCCGUCUCCUGCAGGAAUCUUUUGGACAGAGACACUUUCUCAAAAUCUGAUCCCAUCUGUGUAUUAUAUACACAAGGUAUGGGGAAUAAAGAAUGGAGAGAGUUUGGAAGAACAGAAGUAAUUGAUAAUACACUGAACCCAGAUUUUGUAAGAAAAUUUAUAAUGGAUUACUUCUUUGAAGAGAGGCAGAAUCUGCGGUUUGACUUAUAUGAUGUUGAUUCAAAGAGCCCAGAUCUAUCAAAGCAUGAUUUCUUGGGGCAAGUGUUCUGUACCCUUGGAGAGAUUGUUGGGUCACAAGGAAGCAGACUAGAAAAACCAAUUGUAGGAAUUCCUGGGAGGAAAUGCGGAAUAAUAAUACUAACUGCAGAGGAACUGAACUGUUGCCGGGAUGCUGUGCUGAUGCAAUUUUGUGCAAACAAAUUAGACAAGAAAGAUUUCUUUGGAAAAUCAGAUCCCUUCCUGGUAUUUUUCCGCAGCAACGAAGAUGGCAGCUUUACAAUUUGCCACAAAACAGAAGUGAUAAAGAAUACAUUAAAUCCAGUGUGGCAGGCAUUCAAGAUAUCUGUCAGAGCACUUUGUAAUGGGGAUUAUGACAGAACGAUUAAGGUAGAGGUGUAUGACUGGGAUAGAGAUGGAAGUCACGAUUUUAUUGGAGAAUUCACAACGAGUUUCAGAGAACUGUCCAGAGGACAGUCACAGUUUAAUGUGUAUGAGGUAAUAAAUCCAAAGAAAAAGGCAAAAAAGAAAAAAUACAUUAAUUCAGGAACAGUAACAUUACUUUCCUUCCUAGUGGAAACAGAAGUUUCGUUUCUUGACUACAUUAAGGGCGGGACUCAAAUCAAUUUCACUGUGGCUAUUGAUUUCACAGCUUCAAAUGGGAACCCUGCACAUUCAACCUCACUUCAUUAUAUGAACCCAUACCAGCUGAAUGCCUAUGGCAUGGCAUUAAGGGCAGUAGGAGAGAUCAUUCAGGACUAUGACAGUGACAAAAUGUUUCCAGCUCUAGGGUUUGGUGCAAAACUGCCUCCAGAUGGAAGAGUAUCUCAUGAAUUUGCCUUGAAUGGAAAUCCUCAGAAUCCUUAUUGCAAUGGAAUAGAUGGUGUAAUGGAAGCAUACUACAUGAGUUUAAAAUCAGUACAGCUUUAUGGACCUACAAACUUUGCUCCUGUUAUCAACCAUGUAGCAAGAUAUGCUGCCUCGGUAAAAGAUGGCUCCCAGUAUUUUGUGCUUCUCAUUAUUACAGAUGGUGUCAUUUCUGACAUGGCUCAAACUAAGGAAUCCAUAGUGAAUGCAUCAAGGCUUCCAAUGUCAAUAAUAAUUGUGGGAGUUGGACCAGCAGAAUUUGAUGCCAUGGAAAAAUUGGAUGGUGAUGAAGUAAGACUGUCUUCAAGAGGAGUAUAUGCAGAAAGGGAUAUUGUACAGUUUGUACCAUUCCGAGAUUACGUUGACAGAAGUGGAAACCACAUAUUAAGUAUGGCCAGACUUGCUAGAGAUGUGUUAGCUGAAAUCCCAGACCAAUUUCUCUCCUACAUGAGAGUCAGAGGAAUCAAGCCAUCUCCUGCACCGCCUCCGUAUACACCACCUAUUCAUGUAGUGCAGACUCAGAUAUGACCACACUGGAUGCUUAGUGAUUUUCAAAGGUCAAAAGCACUGCUAAAGAAGUGCUAGAGUACAGUGAUGCACGUUGAUGGGCCAACAAGCUGUGGCCAAGUCUUCAACUUUGUAUGCAGCAGGAGAUUAUGGUGGGCUUUGGAGCAAAAUAAAUAAACCUUCAUAAACCAAAAUGUCAAAUCUGGUUGCAUGCGCAACUGAGCAGCUUUUAUGUAUGAGGAGCAAAAUGGUGGUGUCUGUUCGUGAGUUCUUGUUUUUUUAAUUUCUGACAGAAAAGGAUAUUGUCACAUUUCUGGAGAAAGCACAAAUCACAGGUUCUAUUCAGAAGUCCUUUGUCUUUCCUGAUUUAUAAUGUACAUACAAUGUGAAUGCAAUUCAUAUGUAUCAAUGUUUACAUGUUACUACUUUUCAAAUUUAACUACUUUUUUAUAAUUAAUCAUAAGAAUUUGGAAUAUCAAAUUGUCUUCUAUCUUGCAAUAGUAAUAUCCACAAGAGAAGCAAUAUCUCUCUGACUGAUUGUCCAGACAAAUACGAAUGCCGGACUAAGGGUGGAAAGUAGACAGGGACAUGGGACAAAUGCAUUCAUAGGUCUUGCUAAUGGAAACACCUCACCAAGUGCUCAGUUAAGAAUGCAUCUGAAAUAUUCGAGAAUAAGCUUCCAAAAUGUGAAUAGUGUACAAUAUGUAUUUUUCCGAGGAAUUACUGUUACUGAAAGAACUUGUGUUUACAUUUUUUUAAGACUGACUAUGCUGGCAAAAUAAAUUUGAUCAACAAAGUGUAAUCCUAGAAAAUGGCUGCAUCAAAUAACUUUUGAGUCUUAUAGCUGAGUUUGUGUAAUGUGUAGAGUAGCUUGCAUACAGUAGAACUUUGGCGUCAUAUUGUUUUCUGCAGGUGGGUAUUUUGUUAUGAGUAACAUAAAGCUCUUAUGCAAAUUGCCAUUUGAUGUGAAGUUUGUCUGUGUUGUGCACUCAAAAGGGAUGCUGGCUCAUUUUGAGUUGGCCGUUGACAUUGUCACACUGCCACAUAGGCACACGAGUGGUAAUAUAUUAAUUAACGGAGUUAAAAUUGCACAGCAAUGUUGCUUUGUGCACAACUUUGUGUAUAGAAAUACUCAAGUAUUUUCUGAUAUGCCUGUUCUUAUUCCAAUUAUCAAAUGUUUUUGCAUGUACAGUUUUUACAAGAAGUUCACAUUUUUGUGAGUAUUUGUGUCAAAACUUUAAAUUAGAACAAAUGGCCUUAAAUCUCACAAAUACUUUGGAAAUGAUUGUGAAUUGCCUUCAGAUACUGGAAAACAUGUUUUACUUUUGUGUCAAAGUUGUAAUUGCCUUGUAACGUGUAGCUCUUUUUUGGCACAUAACCAGUUUACUACUUUAUUUACUACUAUAUAUAAUAUACUGAACAGUAUUAAAUUAAGGUGCAUUUUUAAGCAUGAAAGGGUUUUUUCCCACCUAGGAGAAAAUAUAUACACAUUAUCCAUAGCAUAUUAGCCUAUGUGAUACAAAACUUUCCAUUUUAAAACGUAUUAAAGGUCCUUAAAAUAGUCUCAGAUUUGAAAAUGCUCUGAAUACUACAAAAAUUGGAUGCAGGACUAAUCAGGUCAUUCAAAAUAGCUCAAUGCUCAUUGAGUUAACAACUCUUAUUAUAAAUAUUAAAUAUGCCAAACUAAGGGUCCUCCCCAGGAGAGCCGACAACAUGUUUCUGAAACCUUUGAAGGAGAUCUAAACCCAGUAGAAUAAACAAAAUCCACAGAGAAGACAUUAAAAGAAAGCAGGACUGUAGAGUUUGUCAAGCUCUGAACCAAACAAACUCUCCCUCUUACAGGAAGGAAUACCGUAUAUUCUGGCGUAUAAGACUACUUUUUAACUCAAGAAAAUCUUCUCAAAAGUCAGGGGUCAUCUUAUACACAGGAGCCGUCUUAUAUGCUGGAGUCGUCUUAUACGCUGGAGUAGCCUUAUGCAUGGGAGUCACCUUAUAUGUGGGAAUAGUCUUAUACACUGGGAGUCGUCUUAUAGAGCGGGUGCGGAAACUUCCAAUCUGGAUUGGAGAAUCUGUGGUUACUGCAUAUUGUGAGGGCAGUGGCCACAUCCCUGCCGUAUGCAGCAACUGUAUGAAAGCAUUAAGGGCGACGCUGUACAAGUACAGUUGAAGAAAAUCCAUUCAUCAGGAUUCGUGGAUUUAAUGCGGUCCCGAUGGUGAGGUGAAGGGGCGCCUCCCCGGGAACAUGUAAGUGAAAGGCAGAGAAAACUGCAGGUGUCCAGGGCGCCCGGGGUAUGGAAAAAAAAGAUAGAGUGGCUCUGGGCCCAGAAAAACACAAUUCGUUUACCUGUCUGGCCCACCCUUAUAUCCUAUUACCGUACCUCCUCCUCUGCCUCUCAGAUCUCACUCCUGAAGACUGCAGUGAAGCGGUGCAGGUGCGCAUCUGAGAGGCAGAGAGGGAGGUACAGUAAUAGGAAAAUUACCAUAUUGACAUCAAAUUUGAUGCUUUUAAAAAAUUUAUUUGGUGUCUGUUGGAAGAGGGGUAGUCUUAUACGGCGAGUAUAUCCCAAACUCUAUAUUUUAACUGGAAAAGUUGGGGGUCGUCUUAUAUGCCCAGUUGUCUGAUAUGCCAGAAUAUACGGUAGUAAGAAACAAAAAAUAUGAAAUAAUGCAUAAUACAAACCUUCCUUAAGAAGGCUCCCAAAGUCUAGAAAAUGCCCAAAGAAUUUUUCUGAGAUUACAUUUAAGUGUAUCAUCAAAAUAUAAAGGCAAUUUUCUGUGUCAGGUAGGACUUUCCCCUGAUAAACCAAACUUCUUAUUGGUCAAUGCUUUAGGUUACAACAAUUUUGCCACAAACUUUAUUUUUUACAAUCGAUUCUUUCUGUUAGGCGAUCUCAUAACUAAAGUCACAUCAUCAUUUUAAGGUAUAUGUAGCAAAUUCUGUGUCAAGUAAGUCUUCUACCUCACUAAUCAACCUGCAAAAUCCUUCUUUAACCAAUUUUUUAAAAAACAGUUUUAGGAGUUGGAUCUUGAUCUGGGAAUUUCAGUACCGCACUUGAAUCCCCAAAUGCCCUGGCAUUAACAUACAUUAUACAAUGUUUCUGUCUUGUCAAUAAUAACAGAUGUAACACAUGAAAUGAAAUAUUUCGAAUCUCCUUUAUUUGAAACAGCCUUAAUGGCUGGAUGUGUUUGAUUAAAGUACCACAGUUUAUUUUAACCAUGCUAGUUGCCUGCAUCCUACUCCUGUUUAUCAUGUCAUUGUUUUUGAAAUGAAUAAAAUCUAAAGUGAUAUGCCGAAAAUUGAGAAACCAAA